ACCUCUAACUUAAUAAUGAUUGGCAUGUCUAUGUAUCUCCACUUUUUAUUUAUUUUUAAUUUUCUUUUAUUUAAGUUUUCACUUUUCUUACUGAAUCAUCUUUAAUUUACUUUCAUUAUUAUUUACAUUUCUGUGUCCAUUCUGACUAUAAUUUGUUGACAUUUUUUUUACAAUUGCCAUAAAUGUCAAAAACUUCAAUAAAAAAACAGAAAAACAAAACUUAGACGUAGAACACCAGGGGGAGGGGGAGAGCCGCUGCUCAGGAAGGAAGGGGGGUAGUGAAUGACCUGUGAGUGUUGAAUGGUUCGUUCAUGACUCGCACAUCUCUCAUAGUUUUCAGAGCGCAGUGACAUGCACACCGGAGUCACUUGUGGAUCUAAGAGUCGGGGCUGCCAGUUCUGCUUCAACAUGAUCCUGCUCCUCUCUCUGCUUCUUCCCCUCUGGGUAGAACCUGCUGUGUGUCUGGAAGACAACACAACUUUCACUUUUGAAGGAAACAUGCGACACCUGGCCGUGGCUCCUGAGGGAGUUUACAUCGCCACGGAGGAGAAACUCUACCAGCUGAGCCACAACCUGACACUGCUGCACUGUCUGACUCUGAGGGGUUUGUCAGGUGGGGAGGUGCAGGGACCUGCGUCGCUUUAUUGUGCCUCAAAAAGAGAACUAUGGAAAUCAAAAUUCACUGUCAACGUGCUCUUGCCUUUUGUGACCAAUAAAACUCUGCUCAGCUGCGGUGUGGUAGACUACUCACGAGGCUACUGUGAAGUUCUGGACCUGAAGAACAUUUCUAAACUUCUGCACAGUGAACUGAUCCAGGUGGGGUCACUGGCGCACAGCAGUGCAUCCAUCAGCCUCCUGGUGGAACUGGAGAAAAACCCACUUCAGACGAAAACUUAUAUUCUGACUGCCAUACAGUCCAAUGAAAAUCCAGAUCAUGCUUCUGAUUCAAAGACAAUUAAUCUGCAGAACACAUUGGACUCUCAGUCUGGAGGAAUAUUUACUCUUUCUGGGGAACACGGCUCAACUCCAGUAAUUAAAAAUAAAGGUAGUGUAGAGUUUGUAGAUGGCUUUCAGAUCAACAAAACAAUCUAUAUCCUCUGCAACGUCUUGGUCAAAACAAACAAAGUCCGUCUUGUUUGGCUUAAAGCCUCUACAAGUAAAGCAGGAACUCUGGGAUCUCUGGAAGCCGCUACACUCAAUGAAGGCAGCAGACUGCUGGCCUCCUCGGUUGUCCCAGGUGGAGAGCAGGUGCUUUGGAGCGGGGUGUUCUGUACGGACCGAGGACAGACCAACACCCAGCUGGUCCUGUUUGACAUCAGCCCUCCUGUCAACAAUAAUCCUGAUAGGGAACCAGAUUUCUACUACAAGGAUCCACCCAAUACUCAGCAGGAAAAGAAGCGGGGAGGUAAGACUGUUCUCUACAAGCAGAACAGCAUGACGUCUGUUCUGGCUGUGAGACAGAAGAACUGGAUGGUUUUCUUUGUCGGGACGGCGGAUGGACAGCUCAUUAAGCUUGUUGUGAGCCAAAACUAUGACGUCCUCUGCCCCAAAGUGCUCUACAAAGCCAGUGACGACCGUAAAGUGUUUCCCAGAAUGCAACUGGAUCCAGUGGAUCAAAGACACAUCUAUGUGCCAUUUGAAAAGAAGAUUCUACGUCUUCCUGUGUCACAAUGCAGCAAAUACCAAAGUCUGCAGGAAUGUUGGGGCGCUCAGGACCCAUUCUGUGUUUGGUGUGGCUCUAAGAACAGGUGCACGUUUGAGGUGGACUGUGACAAUUCAAACUGGUUAUCCAUCUCUGGAAAACCUCAAAAGAAAAUGGUUACCCACAAAGCUGUGAUGGAGACGACUGGAGAGAUUAAACUGGUCGUCCAGAUACACAUGGCUGCUGGAGAAAAUGUUAAAUCCAGCUUUACCUGUCGUUUCUCUCAGCCUCUGGACAACAUUAAAUCCCUAUCACAGUUCCCACAAUGCACCCUCUCCCUCCCUAACCUUUCCCUUGUUGAGGGCUCUUUAACUACACUUAACAUCAUGUUCGGGGAGGUGAGGGUGACGGAACAACUCUAUCUCAGAAGCUGCUCUAGGAUCCAACAAAACAGAAUUCUUUCUUCGUGUCAGGAUUGUCUCAGAGCUGGGUGUGUGUGGACAAACGACCGCUGUUCUUGGGCCAGUGAUGGAGACCAGAAUGACAGUGUUUGCCCAAAAACCUCAUCAAACCUUGUUUCUAGUCCUGUGAUCUCUUCCAUCACUCCCAGCAAUGUGUCUUUCCAUGGCAGAAACCGGGCGGUUCUGUCCGGCCAAAACCUUCAUGAUGUGAUUGGAGUGAGGAUCCAGACAGACUGUAACCAACCCGAAUCUCCAGUCAGGAACAACAAUGGCGUGAACUUGACAUUCAACAUUCCCAGCUCUGAAACGAAAGGCCAGGCCAAAGUGUGUGUUCUCCUACCAGACGGAAGCUGCCAUGGCAACGCAACAAUCACCUACAAGUCGGAACCAGUCUGCAGAGACAUUUCACCCAGAAUCUCCUGGAUGAGUGGGAAGAGAAAGGUCUCACUCAACGGCUCUAAUUUGGAAUUAGUGGAGCAUCUUGCAUACAUCGACCCUUCACAAGUGUUGCAUCCUAUAAACAUCAGCUCUAAGGCUAUUUUCUUCCACACACCUGCAUCAACGAAGAAUCAGAAGGUCAAUAUUUAUUUGAAAGUGGCAAAUAAAACAUUGGAAUGCCCCCAAAAAAUAAUCUACCACCCAGAUCCAAAGUUCACGAGCUUUGAAGAUGCGAGGAAAGGAAAUGACGUCCUAGUUAUUAUUCAAAAAAAGGUCGACAAGCUGGACAUUAAGAAAGAAGAGCUGUCAGUGUGGGGGAUCCAUGAUGAAAAGGAAUAUCACUGCAUCAUGGAAGAAAAGGAACGCAGCAACGAGACAGAUUAUUUCAUCUGUGAGAUCAAAAACGCUGAAAGCAUCAACUUUAAACAGUUGAAGAUAAAAUACGGAGACACCAUAGUUAUACUCCAACCACCUUCAGCUCAACUUUGGAAGUUACUGGCCCUUCUUCUGGUCCCCAUCAUCACAGUCGCGGUGCUGAUCGUCUGCCGUAGAAAAGAGAAGCAGCCAGCUAAUAUGAACAAUUCUAUGAAAAACCUGGAGCUUGACAUCAAGAAUGACAUCAGGCAAGCGUGCUGCAUGUGUAAUGCGGGCGGGAGCCUUCGGUGUCCGACCAUCGCCAUUUUUCAUGUACAGGUACAUAAUUUUGCAGUUGCAUCUCCAGAUUUCAGUGGGUUAAGUUUGCUUCCUCAUGAGGUGCUGGUGGACAAACAGCGUACUGAUGGUACACUCAGCAGAGUGAUCUUGUAUGUGGAAAGAGGACAGAGACCAUCAAGACGAGAGCGAGAAAAUGAACCAAGUGAGGUCAACAAGCUGUUGAAAGACUGGGAUAAAUUGGCCUUAAGGGAAAGUGUGUUGUAUCGGGAUGUUGUGGACUAUGUGAGACACUGCAGGAGGUGUGUAGUGAGCAAGUCCCCAGAACCAGAAGCCAGAGCACCCCUUGAAAACAUCAGAACAUCUGAGCCUCUCGAGCUGGUGUGUGUGGACUUUCGGACUGCAGAGGACUCUGCUAACAAGUCUUUGGAUGUUCUCGUGGUCACUGACCACUUUACCAAAAUGGCUCAAGCCUUUUUGUGCCCAAACCAAUCGGCAAAAGCAGUUGCACAUCAAUUGUGGCACAAUUACUUCUGCAUCUAUGGUUUUCCGAAAAGACUACACUCAGACCAAGGUGCAAAUUUUGAGAGUGCUUUAAUUGCUGAGCUGUUGGCAGUGGCUGGAGUCCAGAAGUCCCACACGACACCCUAUCACCCGAUGGGAAAUGGCUCCUGUGAGAGGAUGAACAGGACACUGGGGAACUUGAUUCGUGCUCUUCCACCUAAAGCUAAGCACAAAUGGCCUGCAACUUUGAAGUCUCUCACUUUUGCAUACAACUGCACAGUUCACGAGACAACAGGGUACGCGCCCUUCCUACUCAUGUUUGGGAGGGUGCUAAGGUUGCCCAUUGACCUCAUUUUUGGUUCUGUGCUUGACAUCCCUGAAGUGACGGACUACUGUCAGUAUGUUCAGCCGUUAAGAAAGGACUUAAAGGAAGCCAUUGAUGUUGCACAAAAUAUGUCUGCCAAACAACUGCAGCGUCACGCUGACCUUUAUAACAGAAAAGUCAGAGGAGCAACUGUGGAAGAAGGUGACCGAAUGUUGCUGGCCAACAAGGGAGAGCGUGGAAAAAAGAAGCUCGCUGAUCGCUGGGAGACUGUCAUUUAUGUUGUGAUAGAGAAAAAAGAGGGAAGCUACACCUUUAAGAUCAGAAAUGCGUCCACAGGUCGAGAUAAAGUGGUGCAUCGCAACUUGAUAAUGCCAGUGAACUUCCUCCCUUUGUGUGACGCUGCAGCUGAGGAGAGAGUGGACUGUGUUUCUGUGUCAACCUCUGCAGAUGUUGCUGUUGAGACAGAAUCGUUGGAUGCUUCUGACAACUCAAAGGAGUACAGGACUAGAGUAUCCACCCUCUCCAAACUCAACUCCCUUUCGCUCUCCAUUGACAAUUCCCCAGUCAGCUCAUCAUCACAGACCCAUAUCAGCAACAUCACCCGAUCCUCAUUUUUUCACCUACGUAACAUCAACCGUCUCUGUCCCUCCCUCACCCCUCACUCAGCCUCCAUCCUGGUCCACACCCUCGUCACCAGCCGUCUUGAUUACUGCAACUCCCUCCUCUUCGGUCUCCCCACGAAAUCCAUCCAUAGACUUCAACUGGUUCAAAACGCUGCAGCUCGGAUCAUCUCUGGAACCCCACUCCACCACCACAUCACCCCUGUUCUACAGCACCUGCACUGGCUCCCAGUCCAGUCACGCAUCAACUUCAAAAUCCUUCUGCACACCUUCAAGGCCAUCCACAACCUCUCCCCUCCUCUGGACUAA